CACUGCAAAAUGGCGACCACCUCGGAUGUCCUGAAAGUGUUGGACACACGAAUACAAAUCCUUGAAGAGCUAAUCUACAGUAAAGACAGCAGUGUUAAAACUGAAUCAAGCACACUUAAGGUUGUGGAUUCCCUGAGUAGUGUAAAGCAAUCUCUAUCCGGUCUGGCUACGGGGAAGGAACGUAUCCAGGCACUGUGGAAAAUAACUGAUGAAUUGAACAGUAACCUUACUCCAGAAGCUGUCAGCAAGUUGGCGCUGACUGAAAAUGCUAAAGCAGACAUCAUUUUAGCUGAAGAGGAUCAGCUGAAAAGUCUCACUGUACUACUGGAGAAAAUGAAAGGGAUGACCGAUGUACUAGAUAGCCAACAUACCAAAGGAGCGCCAGCUGUUCAGGAGAAGCUACAACCUCUGACCGUGAUACAACUUAGCCAACAGGAGCGUGCUGACCAGCAGAGUCAGGAGACCAAGCAACUUCUGGAAUCCUAUAACAACAUUGUCUUGUUGCUGUCACAGCAGUUUGUACAAUGGGAUGCAGUGAUGACACGCUAUGAGAUAGCUGCUAAAGUACGGGAGCCAAACGAGUACUAGAAGUCUCUCCUUUUACUAGGACUUCAAGAAAACUUCCAGCAUGUCAUCAUUAUUUUUUUCAGAAUCGAUGUUUGAUGUGGUUAGUUUCCCAGGUUGUAUCGUGAACUUGGGUGUGAUCCCUGGUUAAAUGGCAAAUAUAGGUUGAAUCGCUUCUAACAGGCACCCUUGAACAAAGAAAUUGACAAAAUAGGGAGACCACCAACAUAAGAUAGCUCAGCUGGUAGAGCACUGGUACGUUGAUCUGGAGGUCACACAGCUUCAAACCCUACUUUUGUUCAACCCAUGGUUAAAGGCAGUGGACACUAUUGGUAAUUACUCAAAAUAAUUAUUGGCACAAAACCUUUCUUGGUGACGAGU